AUGGCUAGCAAAAAACUUCUGGAACGUGCCGAAACAGUACUGGAACUAGUUCAGGGUACUUUGCUCAACGGAGAUGAUAACAUAGAAGAGGAGAAUCAAGAAAUCGAUGACGAGGACGAGGAAACCGAAAAUGAUCCCGAGGAACCGGAGCCGCAAGCGAAAGAUUCCGUCGAGGCUCGAAAAAACAAAAAGGCUCGGGGUAUUGCCAAAAAGAUGACAAAAAUGCUGAACAUUGCAAUGAAGCACGCAGUAUGUGGUCAGAAAAAAGAGAUUAUCAAACAGGUGGAAGCGCAACUGGAGACAGUAACGACUGAAUGUGAUAGAGUUAAGAAAGAGCUCGAGAAGUCGCAAAAGGUUCAUCAACAGUUAACAUCGAAGCUGGAGGCUCAAUGUGAAGACCACCGCAUGGUACUGAGAAGGCUAGAUUCUGAGCAUCACAAAGCCAUCGUGGAGUUAGAGAAGGAACUUCAAGCAAAGGAAAGAGUCAACGAAGAGGCGAUUGAGAACAUCAAGAAAGAACUGAAGGCACUCGGCACAGAGUGUACGAACUUGAAGGCAGCGAUGAACGAAAAGGACGAAAACCAUCGCUCUGUCGUUAAUGAACUCACCGAAAAGCUACACCAUACGCAAUCGGAGCAAAUACAGCUGAAAACCCAUCAUCAGAGCACAGAAGCUGAGCUCCGAAAAGAUUUAGACCAAUCAGCUGCUCAAAACAGGGAGCUCGUGGCCGAGAAGCUGAAGCUGGAACAUGGAUUGAAGAGCGUUGAGCUGGAAAAAAGUGCUGUGCAGUUGAAGCUGGAAGCAUCAAAUGUUAAAGUGAACGAAUUGAAACGAGCGAUAGCUGUUCUGGAAGCGAAUCCCCAUACAAGCACAACGGAAGAGACACAAGGCAAUGCAGCGUAUACAUGUCCGAUAUGUAGCGGUCCUUUCCACUCCUUAGCAGAUAUGCAGCUUCACGCAGAAGAUUGCGGAACUUAACAAAAAAACAGCUUUUCUACUCCCUCUUCGCUCUAAUUGUAUUGAUAUUCAUAAUCGACCGUUUGAUGGGAUAACAUUUCUUCGAUGCUUGAAUAUUCAAACAAAGCAACGUGAAUAGCAUUUCAUCGUCAAUGAUAAUAACACUGGAAAAGCUCUUGAAAAACUUAUCCAGUUUUUGGCAUUAGCAAUCAUUUUGCUUGAGA